UCCGGAGUGAUUACUUUGAUGCAAGCUCCAUCAGGAGAAGAUGGACCCGCCCACUAUGAAGCAAUCUCUCGCCGGAGAUACCUUGAAAUGACUUCGAAAUGCGCGGAACUUAGAAAAACAAUGGCCAAGCAACGCGCAGCCACUGCGCGCAAAUUUCUACAGGAACAACGUGCAGGGGACGCAAAGGGUUCUUUAAUUGGACCAGGAUGUAUGGCUUUUGCAAGGUCAUCUGUUCACGUUCAGACUGGUCUUUAUCUGGAGGAGUUAACCGAACAAAUUGAACAGGAUGACUUCGCUACUCAGACAGACUAUUUUUUGGACCGACCACCCACACCCUUGUUUGUACCUGCAAAAACCGGAGUCGACGUUGCCACACAAAUAUACGAAAAUGACCUCUUUGACUUCGAACUCGAAGUACAACCGAUCCUCGAAGUUCUGUGCGGAAAAACCAUAGAGCAAGCGCUACUCGAGGUUGCGGAAGAGGAGGAGCUGGCGGACUUACGAUGCCAACAGCAGGUACUCCAAGAAAUUCACAAUGCUGAUCUGGCCGAAGUUGCCAGAUUGGAGGAUCGGAACCGUCGAUACGAGAAGAUUGACUGCAUGGUAUUUUUGGAAUUGUGUCCAACUCUGAGACCCAAAGAGGGUUACAAAGGUCUUGGCCAGUUUGCAGAAGAUACAACGCGUUUACCUACAUUUGAAUAUCCUGUACUAAACAGGGAAGAGAAACAGAGACGCAAAGUUCAGUAUGAAAAAGCAAUGAAACUGGCCAGGGAAACCGCGGAGAAGAUUGCGGCCAAAGCGUUCACAAAGGCCUAUCUUUCACCGCUAAUGAAGAGCACAUUUGAACAGCUGUUGGAACGCGGCUACUUUUACGAUUCUGUUGAGCAUGUAAGCCAGCACGAAGUCCCUUCCUCGUUCACCUUUACUCUUUUCUUUACAAUAAGGCUUUCAAAUAAAUUAUGGUUGUACGGCAGUGAAACCUCGGUGUUGAAUACUGAUGCCAUGCUAUCGAUGAUGACGUAUUGGAACGGUAAGCGUUACAGAUUCAUGUGUUUUCUUCUUCAGGCCAUCAGGCAACGUCAUCAUGAGUUCCGUGAACUUGGUCGAGCAAUAUGUGAGAAGGCAUGCAUCCGACAAGUGCUCCCCUCUUUGCGCACUGAAGUGGCUAAUUAUGUUAUCGACCGGUCCGCGCGGCUUGCUCUGCAACGGUUGGAACUGGCUGCGGCGAGCACCCGGGAAAUUCGGGAAGCUGUGAAUGUGGAAAUUUUGAAUGAUGCAAUUUAUGAUGUCGCACUGGAAGUCCAGGCACAGAAAGAAGCCGAGGAAGCUGCGGAAAACGCGGAAACUACG